AUGCCGCGUUGCGACCGCAAGGCUUUUCCUGCCGCGUCAGCUGCUGUGUGGGAAGGUGACAGCUUUUUCUUGAAGCUGAACAUCAAGCUCAGUUUCGAGGUCAUAUUUGAUGGCUUAGUAAUUGGGUCCUUUGGUCGUGUCUACUUAGACAAAAAAAGACAUGUAGAGCUGAAGAUGGAUCAGGCUUUGCUACUCAUCCAUAAUGAACUUCUUGGGGCCAACUUGACUGUCUACUGGAAAUCUGAAUGCUGUUAUCACUGCUUGUUUCAGGUGCUGGUAAACGUUCCUCAGAGUCCAAAAGCCGGGAAGCCUAGCGUUGCAGCCGCCUCUGUCAGCACCCAGCACGGAGCUAUCCUGCAGCUGAACGACACCUUGGAAGAGAAAGAAGUUUGUAGACUGGAAUACAGAUUUGGAGAAUUUGGAAACUAUUCUCUCUUGGUAAAGAAUAUCCAUAAUGGAGUUAGUGAAAUUGCCUGUGACCUGGCUGUGAACGAGGAUCCAGUUGAUAGUAACCUUCCUGUGAGCAUUGCAUUCCUUAUUGGUCUUGCUGUCAUCAUUGUGAUAUCCUUUCUGAGGCUCUUGUUGAGUUUGGAUGACUUUAACAGUUGGAUUUCUAAAGCCAUAAGUUCUCGAGAAACUGAUCGCCUCAUCAAUUCUGAGCUGGGAUCUCCCAGCAGGACAGACCCUCUAGAUGGUGAUGUCCAGCCAGCAGUGUGGCAUCUGUCUGUCCCGCCGCCCCGCCUCCGCAGCGUGGACACCUUCAGAGGGAUUGCUCUCAUACUCAUGGUCUUUGUCAAUUAUGGAGGAGGAAAAUAUUGGUACUUCAAACACGCAAGCUGGAAUGGGCUGACGGUGGCUGACCUCGUGUUCCCGUGGUUUGUAUUUACUGUGGGAUCUUAAAUUUUUCUGUCAAUGACCUCUGUACUGCAAUGAAGAUGUUCAAAAUUCAGAUUGCUGGGGAAGAUUGCAUGGAGGAGUUUCCUGUUAAUCUGCAUAGGAAUUAUCAUUGUGAAUCCCAAUUAUUGCCUUGGUCCAUUGUCUUGGGACAAGGUGCGCAUUCCUGGUGUGCUGCAGCGCUUGGGAGUGACAUACUUUGUAGUUGCUGUGUUGGAGCUCCUCUUUGCUAAACCUGUGCCUGAACAUUGUGCCUCGGAGAGGAGCUGCCUUUCUCUUCGAGACAUCACAUCCAGCUGGCCUCAGUGGCUGCUCAUCCUGGCACUGGAAGGCCUGUGGCUGGGCUUGACAUUCCUCCUGCCAGUCCCUGGGUGCCCUACUGGUUAUCUUGGUCCUGGGGGCAUUGGAGAUUUUGGCAAGUAUCCAGAAUUCACUGGCAGUGCUGCGGUCUGCAUCUGCCACCUGCUGCUGGGAGAAGAUCACCUUUACCAGCACCCAUCUUCUACUGUGCUUUACCACACCGAGGUGGCCUAUGACCCUGAGGGCAUCCUGGGCACCAUCAACUCCAUCGUGAUGGCCUUUUUAGGAGUUCAGGCAGGAAAAAUACUAUUGUAUUACAAGGCUCAGACCAAAGACGUCCUGAUUCGAUUCACUGCUUGGUGUUGUAUUCUUGGGCUCAUUUCUGUUGUUCUGACGAAAGUUUCUGAAAAUGAAGGCUUUAUUCCAGUAAACAAGAACCUCUGGUCCCUUUCGUAUGUCACCACGCUCAGUUCUUUUGCCUUCUUCAUCCUGUUGGUCCUGUAUCCGGUUGUGGAUGUGAAGGGGCUGUGGACAGGAACCCCAUUCUUUUAUCCAGGAAUGAAUUCUAUUCUGGUGUACGUCGGCCACGAGGUGUUUGAGAACUACUUCCCCUUUCAGUGGAAGCUGAAAGACAACCAGUCCCACAAGGAGCACCUGACUCAGAACCUCGUUGCCACUGCCCUCUGGGUGCUCAUUGCCUACAUCCUCUAUAGAAAGAAGAUUUUUUGGAAAAUCUGAUGGUUGCCACUGAGAUGUGCUGCUGGAAGACUCUAGCAGGCCUGCAGGGUGGACUGAAGCGGCCUUCGUUAAAGGGAAGCAUUCACUAGGAAAUCGACUAGCUGUGUGUUUACAGACUCUGGGGGAAGACGCUGAUGUCCUCAAACUGGUUAACUGUGACACGGCUCGCCAGAACUCUGCCUGUCUAUUUGUGACUUACAGAUUUGAAAUGUAAUUGUCUUUUUUCCUCCAUCUUCUGUGGAAAUGGAUGUAUUUGGAACUUCAUUCCAAGGAGAUCAGCUUUAACUUUCCAAAAGGGAAUUGCCGUGGGUGUUUUUCUUCUGUGUUGGGUGAAACAAUCUGAGGUCUGGUUCUUGCUGACCUUAUUUCCCUGCAAACUUCCUUUCCACGCUUAUGCGGACACCAACAUGAAAUGCCGUCACUCCUACUGCGGCUGCUAUGAAGCUUACUGGAUGUGAUGUGUCAUAAUUUAGUCUAUUUUUUUGAUUAAAUGCAGUGUAAUGUUUCCAGAAAGCCAAAGUAAUUUUCUUUUCAGAUAUGCAAGGCUUUGGUGGGUCCAAAAAAUGUCUAUCACAAGCCAUUUUUUCCUUUUCCUCUCUCGAAAAGUUAAAAUAUCUAUGUGUUAUUCCCAUUCCCUCUUGCCUAUGUAUCUGUCUGUCUGUCCGCCAUCUUCCUUCCUCCCCAUCUCUCUGUGCAUCUGGAUGGCAGCCACUGCCCAGGGGAGUGACUUGGGGAGGGCAGGCACUGUCCUUGCUCAUGGGUGCAGCUGAGCCAUCCCUGCUGGGUGAGAUGCUGGGCAAGACCCUUGGCCCGCCUGGGCCUUGGCUUCCUCACUUGUGAAAUGAGCGGGAAGAUGACUUUCAGUUCCCUUCCACCUCUUAGACAUGGUGAGGUGACAGACAUCGAAAGCUUUUCUGAAAUCUUCAGAAGAAACAGUUUCAUUACAGAAAACUCUUCACAAUAAAUAAUAAUGAAAAAUUUAAAAACUCUCAUUGGAGAGAUGACCCUCCACAGUGGAGGCAGUGUUCCUACUUGUCAUCACACAGCUGAAGACAUUGUUUCUCAGGUGUGGAAUCGGGGACGCAGAGACACACGGCACUGUUCAUGGGAGGCAUCGUCACCCUUCUCAGUGUUCUGUGGGAAUUUCCUAUGUGAGGAAAACGUGGCCACAGGGUUGUGCUGUACCCACCCUUCUCCGGCGAGACAGCCCUCGGCCUGUGCCACUGCUUCCAGCCUCGCCACUGCAUGACAGCUUUUGGUCUGUUUCCAGCUCUGCCCUCUGCCCUGAAUUCUCAUCCAGCUUGUACCUGCCUGCUUGACCCCUCCACCUGGAGGCCAGCCAUGUCUCAGACUCAGCCCUACCCUCCUCUCCUCAAAUUCAGAGUGUUUCCUGUUUAGGUUUCCCUGGCUUUGUGAAUGGAUCAUGCGUCUCUAGGUACAAACCUGCCAUCAUCUUUCUGCCUGCCUCACCUCCACCGGAUCUCCCCAGUUCUGUCUCCAUCUUCCACCUGCAACUGCUCUGUUCUCAUGGUCACUGCCGCAUCACUCGAGUCCAGACCCUUGUUAUCAUUUUCAAACUGGCCUCCUUCCCUUGUUCCCCCAUUCUUAAAGCCACUGUCACCAGAUUAAGCUUUCUGCAGCCAGAUCACCUCUCUUUGAGAAACCUCCAUUGAAAUGGAAACGCCAUUGCCUGGCACACAUACUCACAUACUCACCUUCCCGUCUUGAUCCCCAUGCAUCUUUCCAGCCUCCCCUCCCACUCUACUCCCUCCUGCCCCUCCCCUCCCCUCCCCUC